AUGUUUACGGGUACGAUCAAAAUCGAGAUCUGCGAGGCGGUGGGACUUCGCGCUACCGACAAACAGCGCAAGUUCUGGCAGGAUGAACCUAUACUCGACCCGUACGUGCAGCUGGACGUCGACGAGAAUCACCUGGAUCGCUCGACCACGAAACCAAAGACCUUCGAUCCGGUGUGGAACGAGUGCUUUACCUACGAAGUGCAGGACGCAGUCAUGCUGGGCCUCACAGUCUUCCACGACGCGGCACUGCCGCCGGAUUACUUCGUUGCCAAUUGCAGCAUCCCGUUCGAGGAACUCGUCAACCGAAAUGGCAAGACUACCGACUUUUGGGUUGACUUGGAACCUCAAGGAAAACUGAGAGUGAAGAUAGAUUUGCAAUGGAAUGAUCAGGAUCGACAAAUGAGUUGCAGCACAGGAAGCGAUGGAGACAGUAUCAGUGGUAGAAGUAUCGGCAGUAUGAACCCACUUGUCAGCAAAGAACCGCGUCGAGAAUUUAAGGAGAGACAGGGCUUUUAUCGUCGGAGGGGUGCGAUGCGACGAAGGAUUCAUCAAGUGAAUGGGCACAAAUUCAUGGCUACUUUUCUGAGGCAACCGACAUUCUGUUCGCACUGCCGUGAAUUUAUAUGGGGCUUGGGCAAGCAGGGCUAUCAGUGUCAAGUAUGCACUUGUGUAGUCCACAAGAGAUGUCACAAAUUGGUGAUAACCAAAUGUCCAGGAAUGAGAGAUGAGGGUAAAGGAACUGGAUUACAGUCGAAUCAAGACACAGAGAGCCCGCGCUUCAAUAUAGAUAUGCCUCAUCGCUUUGUUGUUCAUAAUUACAAGAGAUUUACAUUUUGUGACCACUGUGGAUCCCUAUUGUACGGUUUAUUUAAGCAAGGUUUACAAUGCGAAGCUUGUAACAUGAACGUUCAUAAACGAUGUCAGAAGAAUGUACCAAACAGUUGCGGUAUUAAUACCAAAGCUAUGGCCGACAUUCUGAAAACGAUGAACAUCUCCGCGGACAAGCAAGUCAAAACUCCGAAAAUCAAUUACAGAGUAUCCACGUGUCCGUCAACACCCACGGUCACAGUUACGGACGAAAUGGCGACGGACAAUUUACAAGCGAAAGGAGCGGAAACACCAAUUAAUGCCAAUGAAAACGCAGUGCCUGUUAACGGCAGUGAACCAAGAAAAUUCGGUAUACACGAUUUUAAUUUUAUCAAGGUCCUCGGUAAAGGUAGUUUCGGUAAAGUGAUGCUAGUAGAACGAAAAACUAAUCCCGAUGAGAUUUACGCCGUAAAAAUCUUGAGGAAAGAUGUCAUUAUUCAAGACGAUGAUGUAGAUUGUACAAUGACGGAGAAAAGAAUCUUGGCUCUAGCGGCAAAGCAUCCUUUUUUAACAGCCAUCCACAGUUGCUUCCAAACUACUGACCGACUCUUCUUUGUUAUGGAAUACGUGAAUGGAGGUGAUCUCAUGUUCCACAUUCAGAAGGCUCGAAAGUUUGACGAAGCGAGAGCACGUUUCUACGCGGCAGAAGUGACACUUGCCCUUCAGUUUCUGCACAAAAAUCACGUUAUAUAUCGCGAUCUAAAACUAGAUAAUAUACUGCUAGAUUCGGAGGGACAUUGUAAACUGGCAGACUUCGGAAUGUGUAAAGAGAAUAUAAUUGAAGGACAAACGACCACAUCGACAUUUUGCGGCACGCCGGAUUAUAUAGCUCCCGAGAUACUGCAGGAAUUGCAGUAUGGUGCCAGCGUCGAUUGGUGGGCUCUCGGUGUUUUGAUGUAUGAGAUGAUGGCUGGACAACCACCGUUCGAAGCCGAUAACGAGGACGAACUUUUCGAAUCGAUCUUACGAGAUGAUGUACUAUAUCCGAUAUGGAUUUCCAAGGAAGCCGUGUCUAUUUUGAAAGGUUUUAUGACUAAAAAUCCUGCCAAGCGAUUAGGUUGUGUCGCAGCCAAUGGCGGCGAAAAUGCCAUAAAGGUCCAUCCAUUUUUCCAACACAUGGAUUGGGAAGCGCUUGAAACACGCAGAGUGAAACCACCUAUUAGACCUAAAAUUAAAAAUGAGAAAGACGCUAUGAACUUUGAUACGGAAUUCACGAAGGAGGAUCCCGUGUUAACACCGGAAGACGCGGAGGAAGUGAGCUACAUCAAUCAAGAGGAAUUUCGCGGUUUUUCCAUGGUCAACAAGGACUUUAAUCCAGCCAGGUGGCGAAUGCGCUAAACAACGCAAAGUUGGAAAUCGACAUUUUGAAGCUGCUCGAGAUCUCCUUUGGCCAAUUACGUCUGAUGGAGAUGAUACAUCUGUUCACUGCGAGGAUGGAAGUAUUCGACUAAUUGAGGCACAUUAGUGGCGAUCCGAAAUAUUAAAAAUUCGGAAAUGUUAGCCAAGCCAUGAAGAGAAUACCGGAGUUUCAUUUUCUUGAGAAUUUGCGUUUUUGUGGAGAUAUUUUUUAGCUGUUGCAGGAGCGCGACGAAUUGAUUCAGCACAAAUGAUAGAAAGGUGCAUUUUAUUAGAGCACAUUGUGCAAGAUUGGCAGAAAUUGCAAAUUUUUUACUAUCAUUUUUGCGAGGAGCACUAGAGAGUCGGUGUUACCGGAAGUAGAAACAGUAAUCAAGAGAGUUUUACGACGUUCUGUAUGAAAACGAAUUGCUGGGAAACGCAAUUGCUGGCGCGGUACAAAUGAUAUAAAAGGUAGGCUCUCGUACAAAAUGGUAUGGACGAUCGCUGGGCGAUUAACCGAUUCACUUUGUAAAGUGAUAUAUACCUAAAUUAUUUAAUGUUAUUAGAAACGCGCGAUGAGAUUCCAAUUUCGUAUAGAUUUAUAAGAUAGGAGAUUGAACAAAUUUGGCAGGAGAAAUACCGGUCUUUACCGGCUUUUUAACACAUCGUUUUUUUCUAAUUAUUUUUGUUUUUAUUUUCUUUUUUUUUAAUAUAACGUUUCUUAUUAACUAAUUUUAUCGGAUGAUUUUGUCGAUGAGGAUUGCGCGCAUAGAAUGAAGUCGAAAAUAUUGUUUUUUUUAAAUAUUAUAAACUCGCAAUUAAGUUUUGAUCUGACGAUAUUUAAUAUUGUGUUAAGUAGAUGUAGAAAUCGAAUUUAUACUUAUAUAACGGCUUGGCACUUAUAACGUAUUUUAUUGUUUGAAAAUCUCUAUUACGAGAAAAUAACGUGUUGUAAUACGAACAAGUGAAUAAUGUCCAUGGAAAAAUUUAAAUUUAACUGAAUAUUACUUAAAAAAUAAGUCGAGUUUAAUUCUUAAAAACGUAGAAUUUUUGACGGAUUCACGCUACGACGAAGACUAAACGUAAGCUGGGCUUAAGUUUUAAGUAAUUCCAACAUUUAUAAAUGACGAGUUUAUGUAUAUAAGAAUCUGUGCAUUAGGAUAGAUCAGCGUAGAAAGAAUCGAAAAAUCGGCUCUCGUUUCGUCUGGCUGUUGUCCAGCGCCAAUCGAACGAGGUCGAAAGUUUUCGUCGAGCUUUACACAUGUACACGUAUACACACACAUACAGAGGAGCAUCUCGCAGCGCUUCUCCGACAGGAUGUAAAAAAAAAAAUCGCGCUCGCGUGAUAUAGAUCGAGCAGGAUACGAUUUAAAUCGGGCGGGCGCGCCUCAUUUCAUACUUAAGUAGAACUUGAGCGCGAUCAUUACAGAUUGAAAGAGUCCACUGGUGGUCUCCAAUCAAAGUACAUAAAAAUAUAGAUUAUAUCCAUAUGUAUAUGUAUGUGCAUAUAUAUAUAUAUAUAUAUAUAAUAUAUGUAUAUGUAUGUAUGUAUGUAUGUAUGUAUGUGUAUAUAUAUAUAUAAAUAAAUUAAUUUAUUUUAGUAAGGCAUGGAGACAAGCGAGAGGAGGCGAUCAUAACACUCUAAAAAAAAGGAACAAAUUCUCGCGGCGAGCAUAUAUAUAAAUUUGCACACUUGCGAUUCUCGGCGUCUCUUACAAUUUUAAAAAGGCGCGUGAGGUGCAUAUAGUACGUAUGUAGCCAUGAAUAUAAAACACAGAUUAGCAACAAAAAAAGAGAAUGUAUUAUACAUAGAGAAAAAUAUCAAAUUUAUCAAAAUACCGAGCAAGUCCAUCUAGCGAUUUUGAUGCACCUUUCGCGAUCCUUAAAUGUGUCUCUAGAUAGGUAUCUUUGAACAGGCUUGAACUCGUGUACUUAAUCUAAUAGUAAGCUGAAAGCUCUUUAGAUAUAAGGGUGGGUAAUAGUAAUAUUUUGUUAGUGACUUUUAAGCACGUGACACGUUGACGUUGUAGUUAUGUAUCAGUAAAUGUCUUCCCGGGUCGGCAUAAUUUCGGCCAGGGAUGGCGAAGACAGAAAGAAGUGAACAUGCGAAAGAUACAUGAUAUAUUCAGAUUUUAGUGUGCAUGUCGAAGUGUGCAUCAUCCAGCUUGCGUCAAAGAUUUAAAACUCACGCGUUCCAACAUACGCGAGAGAACGAACCGCAUAUUGUCAAGCCCCCGGCCCCCCAACUCUUCCACUUUUCGAAUUCUACGGUCCUGGAUCUUUGGCGCGAAUGCGAUAGAAUUGUCAUUGAUGAUUCUAAUAACUUCAUAGAUAGAAUUAUAGAAGUAUAACGAUAAGUUUUAAACAAAAAAAAAAAAGAAACUUUAGUGUUUAAACAUAGUAAUUGUGAAGCGAGAGCGCAAAAUCGACAGCAGCGUCAAAAUCGUGCGAGUUAUUAGCGGGAAUCUCUUUGGCGUGUGCCUCCGUCGACGAGCUACUUUGGGCACAACUUUCAGCUCCAGGUUUGUAGCCCUCCUCCUCUUCGUGGUGACACGGCUCGUCGACGACGACACGCACCGACUCGGUGUCGUCAUAUAUCGUCGUUGUUGUGUAAACGUACAUUUUUAUGUCCUUCCUAGAUCUUAGACCCGCGAGUAAAAAAGAAAAUACACACACAUGGAAUGGGAGGACUGUCCUUAUUUCCUGGACACCGCGCGAGCCUGUAUAGAUGCCAGCGCGUGCUUCGAGCCUGUGCAGGACUCGAAGCGCGGGAUUCUUGUGCAUCUCAUUCAAGAGCAAUCGGGGGUGUCCAGGAAAAGGGACUUCCGUAGCCAUACGUCGAGCAUUUGUUGCACGAUUUUUAGAUCUUAUAAGACGUAAGAUGCACGCGCGCGACGUUGUCGGUACAUACACGGAGAGCUCUUACAUAUAUGUAUAAUAUAUACUUAAGGUGCAAAACACACAAUGCUCGUCGCUUUCGCGCGUCAUUAUUAUCAUCAUGAUUAUCAUCAUCAUCAUCAUCAUCAUCAUCAUCAUCAUCAUCAUCAUCAACAAUGGUCACAUCGGAGCGAACGUUGUGGCCAAUCGUUUCAACAGCUUUCGCUUGUACAGCAAUAAUUAUCGACCAGCAGACUAUAGUGUUCUAAGCGUAACAGGAGUAUUGACCGUCCGAUCGAGACCGUGUCGAUACUUUUAUUUUCCGUGUACAUGUCCGCGUAUAUGUUGAUUUACAGGAGUGCGCUACGUCGUCAUCCCCGUGAUCGAUAAUGUAAUCGGAAAUUAUCAAUUAGCGUUACUCGUCCGCUUAUGUCUGUCGGCGUUUUUCUUUUCUUAUUCCGUGAUUUAUCUAUUUAUCUAUUUUAUUCGACUCGUCGACGCGAUAGAAAACCGUCUCGAUGUAAAGGUACCUGAUGAAGGCGCAAGACGAUCGAUGAUCGUUGAUCUCUAAUAAUGUUUGACGAUGUCACGAAUGUGGAGAGACACGCGAGCGUUAUCGGAACAAUUGUCGAUUAAAAACUCUCGCUUCGAAGUGCAUCUAUGCUAAUUAGAAAAUGCUAUUGGUAAUUGAGGAAUCGAGAGAUAGCGCUCGAAGCUUUGUUGUGGCGUAUGUGCAUUUACUAUAAAUCUAGUCAAAACGGAGAUUUACAGAAUAAGUCGGCUUUUUUUGAAGAUUCAAGUUGACGGAGGAUGAAUCAAAUUCCAGAGAAAGGAAGAGAGAGAGAGAGAGAGAGAAAGAGACGGGUUAGUCCGGCCUACGCUUUAAAAAGAG